AUGACAGCAUACAUCAGCGAUUUUGGCAUAGCAAAGAUUCUAGCUGGUCAGAAUUCUUCUACUCUUACUGCCACUCUUGGUACCACCAGAUACAUUGCGCCAGGCUUUGAGUUCUGCCAGAGGGAGGCAAUCUCAGCUCUUGCUUCUCUGAGCAAUGUGACUGAUCAAUGGGCGUUGCUGUCUUUCACAUCUCUUGUCACUAAAGACCCUUAUAAUGUGUUAUCAAAUUGGAAUUCCAGCAUCUCCUUCUGUGACUGGAAUGGAGUUUCUUGCAGUCGUGGUUCACAAAGGGUCGUUACUCUGAAGCUCUUCGAAAGGCACUUGAAGUUUUUGAGCUUUGAGAUGAAUCAACUCACAAGGCAUCUCCCUAAAGAUGCUGGCCGCUUCCUGCUUAAUCUCAAGGAACUCUACUUGGGUGCAAACAACUUUGAUGGCCCUUUUCCACCUUCUUUUUCAAAUGCUACUAGUCUCCAAAUUCUUACUGCAGAAGACAAUAAAUUUAGUGGUCCUAUACCGUUAGAAUUAGGUAGUCUGACACAACUCAGGAGGCUUUGUCUUUGGGGAAAUAUGUUCACCAAUGCCCCUGGAAAUCGUGAGCUUUCCACUCUCACAUCCUUCACCAAGUGUCGAAUGGUAAAAGAAGUUUAUCUCUCAAAAAACCUUCUAAAUGGUAUUCUUCCGGUCUCCAUUGGAAACCUCACAACCACCUGGUGGAACCUUGACCUUUCCUUUAAUGAGAUUGAGGGUACUAUCCCAUUAGCUUUACCCAACUUGACAAAGUUGAUUUUCUCAUCAGCACUUCCUCCUGCCCUUUGUGAGUUGAAGGAUUUGAUAUGGCUUUACUUGCAAGACAACUCUUUCACUGGUCUCCUGCCUUUAGAUGUGGGAAAUUUGGUUGCAGUGGACAAAAUGGAUGUCUCUGUAAACCAGUUGAGCGGAGAGCUGCCUGUGUCCUUAUCAGAGCUCCAAAGGCUAGAGUAUUUGAAUCUCUCCAAAAAUUCAUUUGAUGGCCACAUUCCCGGAAACCUUGAUGGUAUGGUAAAUAUUAAAAUUAUUGACCUUUCCCAUAAUAAGCUUUGCGGUGGGAUUCCAAAAUCAUUGGAAAAUCUUCAACAACUCCAAGUCUUGGACUUAUCCUUCAACCGAUUGGAAGGAGCGAUUCCAAGUGGUGGAAAUUUCACAAACCUUUCCAUAGAUUCAUUUGUAGGAAAUUAUGCACUAUGUGGAGCUCCCAAGUUCCAUGUGCCAGUAUGCUCAGAUGGAGUGAAGAAGCACAACAUUGUCAACAUGAUCAAAGUUGAUAUUUUUUUAGCAAGUGGGGUCUUUGCGCUUCUACUCAUUGUAUGGAUACUCAUCUUUGUUGCAAAAUAUAGAAAGACGGGGUUGGAGAGACAUUAUCAUGAGGUUGAAAGAUUUCAUGGAAUUGCCCUCCCAGUGAUCACAUACAAAAUGUUAUCUCAAGUGACAAACAACUUCAGCAAUGCAAAUUUUAUGGGUACUGGAAGCAUUGGUUCAGUGUAUAAAGGAAUUUUGGCGUAUGGAACAAUGGUGGCUGUUAAGGUCAAUAGAUCGAAUAGGCGGCCCCCAGCAGUCAAGUCAAAGGUCCGGGUGCCAAAUUACCCAAUACAAAGGGUUGAUGUUAUGGGAGGAGUUCACCAUAGUCUUCAUAAGGAUGUGAUCAAGGCUUUUUGUAAAUCGAUUCCCUUUAAGGCUGACCAGGAAUGUGAUCAACCCCCUGAGGCUCUGUUGCAGGAACCUCGCUGCCGGCGCUAUCGCUACCCAAGAUCACGCUCAGCAGGGCAGAUUGAUCUCAACUUUGUGGUCUGCCACAGCUUUUCCUCCUAUCCAGGAUCAGGGGAGGCAGAUGUUCGUUCGUCGGUUGAUGGUCGUGCUGCUACUUUGGAAGUUGAACACCAGAUCUACUGGCAUGCUCCUUCACUGCAGCCUUCCCUGUCGUGA